UGCAGCAUUUAAUCCAGAAUCUUAAUUUUUCAGCACUUUAUACAAAACAGGAUUUUCACAAUGGUUGCAACAAGCACAUUAAACAGAAACUCGGAAUGCCUCUCUGAAUUUGCUGGUAGAGGAUAUGACCUGACUUGCAUCGAUCAUGAAAUGGACUUUUGGGAACGGUGUUUGGCAGAGCCUUACCUGGGUGCAGAAGUGUGUGAGGAACAGACAUGUCAGCAGCUCGCCCAGCUGCUUGAGGGCUGUUUGUCUAGGGCCAAAGCCAGCAAGCUGAAAUGUGCCCAUGUGCUGGUGCCAGAGACUCUCACCCGGCGGGUGGCACGGGACAUGCUCAGGUUGGCAGCAGGGGAGCCGUGUGGGUUGCGGGGCUGUGUGCUGGAUGUGCAUCUCGAGCUGGAAGAGCAGCAGCACCGCUGUGAGAGACUCGAGCGACUUGCUUGCGACGCUACUGUGGUGCCAACUUUUGAAUUGACAUUGGUUUUCAAACAGGAUGGUGGUGGCUGGCCGAGUCUGAGGGAUUUUUUGCGCAUCGGUACGUGUUUCCCACCUGGCACCCACCGUGCACUUAAGCUUCGCCCUGGGUUUAGGCUUAUUAAGAAAAAACUGUACACCUCCGCAGCUGGAACUAUAGUUGAGGAGUGCUGAGAUGUAGAUGGGGAGGAAAGGCUGGAGUUUAAAGAUGCAUUUGAAUGCACUUACUUUAUGAGUGUAAGAGUCUGCUGGGGAAGCAAAACUCAAGUUUUUGUAAGCUUUUUUUUAAUCAGUAAUAGAAGAGUUUUUGUUUGGUGGUUUGUUUGUUUUUUGGCACAAAAUGACAUGGAACAAAAUGGAGAGUGAUUGUUUAUAGGUAUUCGCUGUAGUUUUUGAACACAUUAAGGAUAGUGUUUAAUAUUGGCCUUGACCUUGUGCCAGCUUCAUCUAAAAUGGUCAUAAUUAUGCUCAAAUGAAGGGUUCACGAAGUGUUUCCUUUUAUAUAUCACACAUGAAUUCAUUCAUCAUUAGAUGUGUUUUCAAAGUUGAGUUAUUUGACUACUGAAGUUUUAAAUUUAAGUACAGGAAAGCAUCGCUCUAAAGGGGGCCAUAUUUCUGAAUGUAUUGGGUCUGUGCUCAUGAAGUCUUUCUAAUGUAAAUGUCAAGAUUUCCAACUGGUCACUGUUGUUUUUUUAGGAGAAUAUAUGGAUAGGGCUUUGUAAGGUGUUUAUUUU